AUGAACCGUAUAACCACGAAUGUGGACCAAAAACUAUUGCGUACCACGAAAUUUCCACCUGAGUUCAACCAGAAAGUCGACACAACCAAGAUCAACAUCCCAGUCAUCAAAAAUUGGGCAGCUGGCGAGGUGUCAAGAAUUUUGGGAUAUGAAGAUGAUGUCGUUAUCAAUCUUCUCUUCGAUCUCCUAGAGGGCUCAAAGAAUCCUGAUGUCAAAUCACUGCAGAUUCAGCUCACAGGGUUCCUGGAAAAAGACGCGGCACCCUUCUGUAAAGAACUUUGGAAUCUCUGCUUGAACGCCCAAAAGAGUGAUACGGGCAUCCCGCAGCAGCUUGUUGAGGCAAAGAAGCUGGAGCUUCUUCAAGAAAAAGUCGAGCAAGAAAGAGCCAUUGAAGCAGCUCGGCAACGCAGAGAUGACGAAAGGCAUCGUGAGAGAGAUCUAGAAAACAUUCGCAACCGAGAUCGCGAUCGCAGAGAUCGAGGUGGACGAGGACGUGGUCGCGGGGGAGGCCGUGGUUUCGAUAGUCGACCUCCUAGGGAUUACUCCAGGUCGCAAUCGCCACCAUCCAGACAACCUCACGGUGGAGGUGAUUUCCAUCGCAGCAGACCCCUGCCCAGGGAAACGGACUCGUACGUCCCAACCGGAGAAAGCAACGGACGAAGAGGCGUGAGACGACCACGCUCCCCCUCAUUUACUCGCGGCAGUCCCGGCACUGUGUCACCUCGUCGUAGAUCUCCUCCUCGAUCACGAAGAACUGUACGCCGCAACACCUCAAGUGAACGUAGCCGCAGUCGUUCUGAAGAGCCCAGAUACUCCAAAAGAUCUGCUGAAGCUCAAGGAGGAGAACGCCGGCGUCGUGAGGCAUCGCCCUAUUCUCGAAGACGCUCACCACCUCCAAAGCGUAGAAGAGACUCGAGCUCUUCUCCCAGACCAAGACGCCAUCGCUCACGUACACCAUCUAGAAGCCAACUGGGCCACAACAGCCGAAUGGGCAAUGCUAGCGUGUCCCCACCACGCCGUCGACGUUCCCCUUCAUACUCCGAAGAUAGACAGACAAAGCGUGCUAACGUUGUCAAGGAUCGUCACUCCGCUAACACACGCGGAUCCCAUCGCAGCCGUAGUAGAGAACGUUCUCGAAACCGCUCCCAAGACAGCCGCAAGCGUUCGACGUCUUUGAGUAAAGCACAUGAGAGCAAAGGACUUUCGUCCAAGAGAGACCACGAAAUUCAUGGGGAGAGCAGUGCUGGUGCAGCAGAGGAGGUGGGUAUCGAUUCUUAG